AUGGACGACAUACACGGCUCCAGCCGCCCUGGGAGCCAAGACGCUCCCAAGUUGAACACAACCGAGUCGGAACGGGAACCACUACUUGCACGGCGCUCUUCGUCUUCAUCACGCGCGGUACAGCAGCUAUCCAAGCAGCUCACUACGCGACAUGCAUUUGCCGUUCUUGUUACACUUCAAAUCGGGUCGGGAAUCUUCGCUUCACCAGCGCAGGUUGACAGCAACGUGCCUUCUCCUGGAGCUGCUCUCCUAGUUUGGGUCCUUGGCGGGCUGCUAUCAUGGGCAGGAGCAGCAUCGUUUGCUGAGCUUGGUGCAGCGCUUCCACUGAAUGGUGGUAUGCAAGAAUACCUACGCCACAUCUACGGUGACACGGCUGCCUUCCUCAUGGCCUGGGUGUACAUCCUCGGCGUGAAGCCUUCGUCCAUGGCCAUCCAAAGUAUCGUCAUCGCCGAAUCCAUAGGAUCAGUCACAUCCAGUACCGGCGACUUACCAGAUGCCAAAAUGCUCAAACUCAUCGCUGCCAUAGCUUUUGUCUCCAUGGUGUUGCUCAACUCCAUCAAUACCAGGUUCACAAUGCGGCUGAGCGAGUCUUUCACGGUCUUCAAGCUGUCGACCGUGGCCCUGAUAGUCUUAGGCGGGGUCGUUGCUGUAGUGGCACAUCUGAUCAACCCAAACUCUUCGUUAUCUGGACCGAGCGACUGGUACACUCGCAAUUGGUUUCAGACAAGGUCGACAGUAUCGGACGGCCAAACUAUCGACUGGUCGUCAAUGAGGACAUGGGAUCGUUACGGUCACUAUUGCGCAGCGAUAUAUGGAGGACUUUGGGCGUAUGACGGAUGGGAUAAUGCCAACAUCGUUGCGAGUGAAAUCCGCGACCCAGGUCGUGCUCUUCCAAAAGCGAUCAAAGCUGCGAUGAUCGUGGUACUCAGUUCGUUUGAACUUGUGAACGUGGCUUACUACAUCCUUGUACCUUGGGACAAGCUAAGCAGCAACAACGCAGUGGCAGUCGCUGCUGCUUCAUCCCUCUUAGGGAGACCUGCUGGUAUUCUAGUUACUAUUCUUGUUGCCAUCUCCUGCGCAGGGUCCAUCACUAGUAAUGUCUUCGCGGUGGGCAGACUGACGAUGGCUGCAUCGCAACGCCAUUAUCUUCCGGCAGUAUUCAGCAAACGAGGGUUGCCAAUGACGCAGAGGUCUGAGGCAGACACCACCGCUUCAUUCAGCCUCGACGCUCCCAUUUACGCUAACGCUUUGGCUUUGGUCAUAACCCUUGUCUAUAUCCUGACAGGUAGUUUUCGGGCACUCUUGACGUUCGUUGGUAUGGCUGAAUGGGUCUUCUACGUUAGUACGGUAGUUGGAAUGAUUAUACUCCGCCGCCGAGAACCCCAGAUGGAACGGCCUUACCGCCCACUCAUUAUUCUUCCCAUCAUCUUCGUCAUCGUCGGUACUCUGGUAAUUUUACGAUCUGCACUAUUUGCGCCAGUUCAGAGUGGAGUCUUGGUAGGACUUCUUCUAGUUGGCGCUCUGAUUAGCAUGUUACGGAGUAGAGCGAGCUCAUGA